GUUCUUAGGUUAGGUUAACUUUCGAACUUUUGUUUUGACACUCCAAGAAUUUCAUGAUAACAUUCAAAAACGUGUUUUACCUAAUUCAAAUAAUAACAAAUCGCCAAUAUGGAUUUUUGGAGGGACACUCUAGGUGCUCCAGUGAAAAUCGUGGCCCCAAUGGUAGACGCCAGCGAGCUGGCUUGGAGACUACUCAGUAGGAAAUACGGGGCCCAGCUGUGCUACACCCCCAUGUUACACAGUGCCCUGUUUCACAAGGACCCCAAAUAUCGCAAAGAAGGCCUAGCUACGUGCGAAGAUGACAAGCCAUUGAUCGUACAGUUCUGUGGAAAUGAUCCUGAAGUAAUGCUGGAAGCUGCUCUUCUAGCACAGGAUCAUUGCUGUGCCAUCGAUAUAAAUUUAGGUUGCCCCCAGGCAAUUGCAAAAAGGGGGCAUUAUGGAGCAUUCCUGCAAGAUGAAUGGGCUCUUUUACAAGAAAUAGUGAGUACUUUGAGCAAGCAUUUGGCUGUUCCUGUGACAUGUAAAGUAAGAAGAUUUGAGAGUGUGGAAAAAACAGUAGCAUAUGCUAAAAUGUUGGAGUCUGCUGGCUGCAAAAUGUUGACUGUACAUGGUAGGACUAGGGAACAGAAAGGCCCCCUCACUGGGUUAGCAGAUUGGAGCUAUGUCAAAGCAGUAAGAGAUGCUGUUAGUAUUCCUGUGAUAUCAAAUGGUAAUAUUCAGUGUAGAGUCAUAGUCCCUCGGGACAAUUAUAAAGAUAGAUUUAGGUAUAGAAGUUCUUUUUUUGCGCAAGAAGAAAAAGCUUGCAAGCUCGGAAUAUGA